CUCUUUCCUCUCUUUGCCCAGUCUCUUUCAACGACUACACACAAGAGCAGAUCAACGGGCAAUCAAGCCUCGCCGUCGCCUCUCCCCCCCUUCGCCCUCACCCGUUCACCCCCCCUCCCCCCCCAAGCCCCCCUUUCCUCCGCCGCAGCAGCGCGCGCGCACAAGACAACUUCAAACCAAGUUCGCACACGACCUUCCCCACCUGCGACAAUGACCGCGCCCAACGACACCCCCGCUGCCCCCAUCGCCGCGGCCGCCCCCGCGGUCGCUGCCGCUACCCCCGAGGAGGAGGGAUUCCGCGUCUACGUCGGAAACCUUGCCUUCACCGCUACCGAAGAGGAGGUCCGCGCACACUUUGUCAAGGCCGGUGGUGAAAUUCUUUCUGUCAUCCUUCCUACCCGUUUCAAGAGCCGCCGUCCUGCUGGCUACGCUUUCGUGACGUACAAGAAGGAGGAGGAUGCCAAGAACGCCGUCGAGAAGCUCAACGAGACGGAGAUUGGCGAGCGCAAGAUCUCGCUUGAGAUUGCCCGUUCCAAGGAGGAGAAUGCCGAGCGCAAGGCUGCCAUCGUCGCCGAGCGCAAGGAGACCAAGGCGGCCGCCAAGACUGACAACGAGGCGACGGCUACCGAGGGCGAGAAGUCUGGCGACAAGGCCGACAAGCCCAAGAAGAAGAAGGCUACCAAGACUGCUCGCCGCCGUGGACCUGAGGACGGCGACGACGCGCCCGUCGACGGCGAGGCUGACGCCGCCAAGCCCAAGAAGGCCACCCGUGCCCCCAAGAAGGCCGAGGGCGAGUCGUCCGAGAAGGAGAAGGCCGAGAAGAAGCCCAAGGAGGCGAAGGAGCCCAAGGAGCCCAAGCAGAGGAAGCCUCGUCUCGAGUUGACCGGCGACGUCAGCAAGGACACCGUCUUUGUCGCCAACCUCCCCUUCUCGGUCGACGACGAGGGCCUUACCGAGCUCUUCACCAAGCUCGACAUCAAGGUCAAGUCGGCCAACGUUAUCCGCGGUCUUCGCCGCCUCCCCGGCCGCCGCCCCUUCCACGGCUCCAAGGGCUUUGGCUUUGUCGAGCUCGCGGACCCUACUCAGCAGCAGGAGGCUGUGGACAAGAUCAACGGCUCGUCGGUUGGUGACCGCAAGGUCACUGCGAAGAUUGCUCAGGAGAUGAAGCCCAUUGAGCUCGCCGAGGCGACUGGCGAGGCUGCGAAGGAGGAGUCCAAGGAGGUCAAGGCCUCCGCCUAAACACCCAUCAUGGCUGUUGAUCCGGCUCUGUACCAAGAGCUGGCUCGCACCACCCAAUUGUAAAUAGUAACUCCACAAGAAGACUUUCAAAGCGCACACAUCGGCUUUCGUGAUCAUGGUCAUGUAGGGUUGUCACCAUGUGAAUGCGUAUGAGUGGCAGUGGGUGUGGCCGUGCUCUGAGUGCGAUCCGACGGAGUGUGGGUGUGGUGGGAGUGGUGGUCGUCUGGUAGAUAGCAGGUAAGGUUGAGUUUGUGCACGUGAUUAAAGGUAGAAGCGGCGUCAUGCUUAUGUAGGGGGGGCCUGGCUGGUGGUCGCGCGAUACACUUGUGAAUGGGCUAAUGGGCCGUUGAGUGAAUAACUGGUUUGUGUACGGUUUGCGUGCCGCGGGGUGGCUGCCAUGACGAG